UUAUUUUGUUUAAGCGGACGACACGUUGCCACUUCUUUGAACUUGUCGGUCCGUCUGGGUCAAAGAUGUUGGAUUUUUUUCUGAUUAUCACAAAAGGCGGGAUUCGUUUGUGGUGUUUUCCCGGAUCAACAGACAUAUUCCGUUUAUCAAUAAAUACAUUCCUCAAGUCCCUCAUAUUGGAAGAGAAUGCUGGUCGUUCACCCUUUGUUUGUGACUCAAGAGCUAUGAAAUUUUACAUGGAUAAUGAGUUCAACCUGUUAUUUGUUGCUGCAUAUCAAAAUGUUCUUCAAUUAAACUAUGUGGAUAAAUUUCUGACAGAUAUAGCACUGGAAUUUAGGGACAAGUAUAAGAAUAAACUAGUUAGUCAUGAUAUUACCGGGUCUUAUGAGGAAUUUCUGCCCAUAUACCAAGCCAUCCUUAAGCGAACUGAGGACGAAUUUCGAAAUCUUCGUAAAAGUGCCAAACAGAUGCGGAAGUUUGAAGAUUCUGAUAAGUCAAAAAAGACUGUUGCCUCUAUGAUUGUUAGAAAGGGUAAAACUGCUGAGGGUGACGUGAAAGAGACCCCUGUCGCCCAAAAAGAAAGUGUAAUAUCUGAACCCAAAGUGGAAGAGCCUCCAGUAGAAAACACUGACAAUUUUGAACAGAAUAGACUUCGACUGGCCGCCAAGUUUAAGGGAUCCAAGAAAAGCAAAGAAUCGAAAAGCCCUUCAUCAUCACCAAUGCAAAAACCAAAUGGUAAAAAAAUCAAAGAAAGUCGUCGAUGGGAUAAUGCAGCAACUGGUGAAGAAGCAGCCGCAUUAGAUUUUAGUAGUAUGAAUAAUCAUACAGAAUCAUCAGCAAAAAGUCAAAAAGUUGAUUAUAACUUUUCUGCCACAGAAAUAGAAACAUUAUCACGUCUUCGUGGGACAAUGAAAGAUGAUUUAGAUGAAGUUGAUGUUUCUUCGGAUGAUGAAGAUGGUUUAGAAAUGGAAGAGAAUGAACAGAACAAUGAACAGAAUAAUUUACCAGUUGAUGCUCAACUUGACGAUAAGAGUUCAAUUAAAAAUAAACAAACAAAGUCAGGUUACCUCAAUGGUGGUGGUUUUGCCUCAAGUUUAUUGCGUGGUUUACGUAUUACUGGAGGUUCUGGACGUGUUUUAACCCGUGAAGAUAUUACACCUUGUCUUGAACAACUUCGAGAACGCCUUGUCGGUAAAAAUGUUGCCAUGUCGAUUGCUGAUAGAGUUUGUUCAAAUGUAGCUGAUCGUCUUGUCGGUACAUCUCUCGGGACAUUUGAAAGAAUAUAUCCUCGUGUUCGAGCUAGUUUAGAAGAAGUUUGUUCUCGAAUUCUGGUUUCUGGUCGUCGUGUAGAUGUUCUUCGUGAUGCAUUGGAUGCACGUACACAGGGAAGACCAUACAGUAUUGUUUUCUGUGGUGUGAAUGGUGUUGGAAAAUCGACAAAUCUAGCAAAGAUUGCUUUUUGGCUUAUCGAAAAGAACUUCCGUGUCCUUAUAGCCGCCUGUGAUACUUUCCGAUCUGGUGCUGUGGAACAAUUGCGUACCCAUGUACGCAAACUAAAUUACAUUCAUCCAGCUGAUCAACAUGGUGGUCAAACUAUGGUUGAAUUAUACGAACAAGGAUAUGGUCGUGAUGCAGCUUCAAUAGCUCGUUCUGCAAUUAACUAUGCUCGUGAUCGACACUUUGAUAUUGUACUUGUUGAUACAGCUGGACGUAUGCAAGACAAUGAACCAUUAAUGCGUGCUUUAGCAUCGCUGAUUCAAACUAACCAACCGGAUCUAGUAUUGUUUGUUGGUGAAGCGUUGGUUGGUAAUGAAGCAGUUGAUCAACUAGUCAAAUUUAAUCAAUCCCUUGCAGAUCAUAGUUAUUCUGAUCGUCCCAGAUGUAUUGAUGGCAUUGUAUUGACUAAAUUCGAUACAGUUGAUGAUAAGGUUGGAGCUGCUAUUUCCAUGGCAUGUAUAUCAAAUCAACCAAUUGUAUUUGUUGGUACAGGUCAAACCUAUUCUGAUCUACGUCAAUUAUCAGUGAAUGCUGUUGUGAAAGCUUUAAUGAAAUAAUUUUUUUCAUUAGUCAUUAUUUAUCUUCAUUUUUUUCUUUCUAUGAUAUUUUUUUAAUGUUGUUGGAUAUUUUUUCUCACACUCUUCUCUUCUAACUUUUCCUCACUCACUUCUUGUCUGUUUCUCUCAAUUUCGUAGAUGAUUAUUUCUGAAUUUUUUUUUACUUUAAAAAAAACAACAAUUUUGCACAAAAUGAAUUUUUAUUCGCCAUUUUCUUCUCCCCACCCCUCAAAAACUCCAAUUAUCUCUUUUUGGGGGAUGAAUUCACUGUGUUAGAGUAGCAGCAGCAGGCUGUUAUCAAUUGCCGGGUAGAAUGAAUUUCCUCUUAUUACUUUCCCACUAUCCUAUUGUAUAUCUGUGUGUGUUUAUGUGUGUGUGCGUGCUUGCGUGCGUGUAUACAUACAUACAUACAUGAAGGGAAAGGGAGUGACGUAUGUUAAUAAUGAUUAUACACUGUGUCUCUCAUUGUCUCUCUGAUUUAUUGUUUUCCUACUUGACUUCCCCCCCCCACGAAUAUUGAUCUCUAUGGUGCCCCCCCUAUUGUUUGUCUAUGCGAUGUUUUCUCUCCUUGUGUAUUGUCCUUGGUAUGUGCAUGUAUGCGUGUGUGUGUGCGUGUUGGUGUGUUUUUCUCUCAUUCUCUAGGUGAUAAAAUUACCCAAUGUAAGCAAUUCGUUUAUUUUAUGAUGAUGAAUAACAAAAUACUUUGUACUGUAUCGUACCAUACUGUAUUGUAGUGCAGUAAUUCACACUAUCAAACAAUGGUUGUAUUUCUAUCUUUUAUUUUCAUGAUAUUCACUUCAGAUUAUUAUGAUGAUGAUGAUUCUUUCAUGUUUUUUUUGUUGUUGUUGUUAAAAGUGCAAAGAAAGAUCCGAUUUGGGAAUUUGGUUUUUUUUUUCAGAAAAA